AUGAAUCGUGCCCAAUAUGUAUUUUUACUUUUACUCAUUCCGCUAUACACGUUCACCCUACAUUUAUUCUUCAUAACGGCAUCCUUAACGGCAAACGAGAAUGAAAAAGUAGGCAUACAAAAACUGGAGUGUGCAGUUGGCGUGUAUUUCGACAACAUCGGAACAGUGCAAGUAAUCAACAGCCAUUGGAUCAUAUACGUCUACUACAAUAUGUCAACAUACUGGCAGGAAUUGAAUGAACUAAAAAACUACGUAGAUCGUAUGGAAAAACUCUGCACUAACGAAGUUCUACAUCAACGUCACUGCAUGCCAACUGCAGAAGCAAUUCGCCAUCGAUUAGAAGUAAUAGAAGAAAAUAACAUUCUUUUGUAUUCCUUCAACUCCGAAAAUUACCAACGAUCUAGAUUAAGACGUUCCCCGUUAGACAUUGUAGGAAAUAUAGCCCAUGGUUUGUUUGGUGUUUUAGACAACGAAUACGCAGCAAAUAUAGAAGCACAGAUAUUAAAAAUCAAGACUAACGAAAACCAUUUUUCUGAGCUUUUAAAAAAACAAAUUUCAAUAACUGACUCCACAACUAACAUUCUUAAGCGUACCACUGUCCAGAUAAACCAUCAGUUCGAGGUUUUGAACAAUUAUCUGAAAUUAACGGAAAAAUCAAUUACCGAUUCUCUUAAUGCCAAUGAGCAGGAGAGGGAUAUAUCAUCCCUUGUUUCUUACCUAAUUCUAGUUUUAACUAACUUUGAGCGCCUACAGGGAAUUUUGUUAGACGUUCUUUUAGAUCUCAAACACGCUAAAAUAAGUCCACAAAUAAUAAAUCCAAAACAACUGACCGAACAGCUACUUCAUAUUAGAAGCCACCUACCAGGAAUGCUGAGAUUACUUCAGGGAUCUGCGGUAGAGUAUUAUAAAAUGGCUUCCGUAAAAGGUCGUGUUUUGGAUGGCAGUGUAGUUUUUGAAAUUCGUUUACCCUUACUUGAUCUAGAAGACUAUCAACUUUUUGGACUUAUUCCGCUACCAUUCUUUAGUAAAAAUUUAGUUUAUUCUGUCGAAACAUCAACUCCAUACCUCGCCAUAUCCCUGACACGCGAUAAAUAUUUUAGACUUUCUGAUAUAGAGAUUAAUUUUUGUAAAAGUUUCUUACCAAAUGCAUUGUUCUGUGAGAAUCACAUACCUAUCUUUAAUUCCAAUCAAAGUUACUGCGAGGUUUCUUUGUUAAAUCAUAAAUCUAAUAACCUCAAAGAAUGUGAUGUAAAAUGUAUAUCAAAUUCACCGCAAAACUUUUGGAAAAAACUCAGAAAUCCCAAUUCUUGGAUUUUUUCGGUGACAAAUGAUAUAACAGGACAUUUAAUUUGUAAUCAAUCAUCCACUAGUCUUACUGUAUCAGGUUGUGGAGUAUUAACAUUUAGAUCAUCAUGCUCGUUUAAACUCCCAAAAUAAAAGGUUAUCCCGAUUAUAAUAAAACCAUUUAUGAGGCCUUCGUUCCUAGUACUAACAUAAGUACAUGGGUUUUGGGAGGCACGGGUAUAGAAACAAAAGAACCACCUAAAGUUUUUGAAAUAAAUCAUACGGAGUUUAAUAUGCUUAAAAACAAUAUAAGUGAAGCACUUGAAAAUUCUAAGGAGUUUUCUGUAACGGCUAAUAUUCAUGAUUACAAUCAUUAUGCUCUUGUAAAACAAAGAAAUAACAACUUCCUUCAAAGACCUCAGCCAAGGCCCAGAAGGAAACCAAGGCUAGAUUAGAUAGAUUCGCAUGCUGUAUUCGAGGCUGCAUCUGACACUUGUUGAAUGCGAAAACGGUAAAAAAAUGUCCGUCUGAUUAACUAUAUGUGUACCCAUUUUUCUGUUUUUCUGUCUAUUUCGGUCUCAAGACUUAAUCGUUGGAG